UAUCAAUGUAUCAAUGUACACUCAACAAAUUUUGUCAUAGAAAGUUUGAACAUUUUUAGAGAAAAUGCACCGUAGAGUUAUUGCACAUCGUUUAAGUGCAAAACGUCGCACAGCAGACGUUUUAAUCAAUGAGAAAGUCGAUUUCUCAGGGUUAAUUUUAUCCAAAGAUGUCCUCAAAGGGUUGAAAAGUGCUGGAUUUGAAAGACCAUCACCAAUUCAAAUGAAAGCUAUUCCUAUUGGUCGUUGUGGUGUAGAUUUGAUUGCACAAGCAAAAUCUGGCACAGGGAAAACAUGUGUCUUUAGUGUGAUUGCUUUGGAAAGCAUCAUUCUUACAAUGAUGUCAAUUCAAGUGUUGGUUCUUGUGCCGACUCGAGAGAUAGCUGUUCAAAUCAAGGAUGUAAUGAACUCUAUUGGUCAACAUAUGCAAGGACUUCAUGUAAAUGUUUUUAUUGGUGGUUUGUCUAUUGAAGAUGACAAGAACAAGUUGAAACUUUGUCAAAUUGCUAUUGGUACACCAGGAUACUUAUGUGAAAUCAGUUUUUCAAUCAUUCUUUACGACGGGUCAAACAUCUAAUUGACAGCAAACUUUUGUCUACUUCUUCCAUUCGAUUGCUUAUUCUUGAUGAGGCUGAUAAACUAUUGGUGGAAAACUUUCAAGAUCAGAUCAAGUAAGAUCAUUAAAUAUAUGGAUAAUUUAAAUAUCAUUGAUUUUUUUCUUUCAUAAUUUAAGGGUCGAGUUCAAUUUUUGUACUUCUGGCUUUUUGGUUUCGAUAAAUGAACUUGUACGUUUCGACAAAGCUUUUCAAUGACGUCACUUUUAACACAUUUGCAUAACGUCAUUUCUGUCAAUGUAACUUGCUGAUUCAGUUUUUUACAAUUUUUCGUAAAUGCACCUCAGUUGUAAAACCAUUAAACAAGUUCUUGAAGAGGA